CUCCCCUGUUUCUCUCUCUGUCUCUGUGAAACAACGAAUAAUCGACGUCUCACCAAUUCCGUUCUGUUCAGCCCCUGUCACCGUUCUUCUUUCCUCUUAUUCUUUCGAUCUUUCCAUUCAAUUCUUCUGCGAGUUCAUUAAAUCGGUAGAGAGAAUAUUAACGGAUUUGAUCCGGUGAGAUGGCAUCCGUGAUAACGAAUCCAGUGACGAACACGAAUUUGGAUCGUAGCAAAAGGAGAAAGAAGAAGAAAUCAAUGAUCAAAGAGAAUCGACAGAGCCAAAACCAGAACCACGCGAGAUGGAAAACAGAGGCGCAGCAGCAAAUUUAUUCCUCAAAGCUUCUUCAAGCUUUGAACCAGGUCAGUCUCAACAGUCCUUCUCCUUCGGCUCCACGUGGUGGCCGAGCUGUCCGUGAAGCAGCUGAUAGAGCCUUGGCCGUUGCCGCUAAAGGGAGAACCAGGUGGAGCCGGGCCAUUUUGACGAGCCGGCUUAAGCUGAAAUUUAGAAAGCAGAAGAGACAGAGAGGAUCCGCCGCUGCCGUGGCUGCCAUCACCGGGACUAGCCGGUCGAAGAAACCGAGAGUUAGCGUUUUGAAAUUGAAAGCAAAAGGUAUACCGACCGUUCAAAGAAAAGUUAAGGUUCUUGGCAGAUUGGUUCCCGGGUGCCGAAAGCAACCGUUACCGAUUAUUCUUGAAGAAGCAACUGAUUACAUAGCGGCGCUUGAGAUGCAGGUUCGAGCCAUGAGCGCUCUCGCAGAGCUGCUAUCUGGUUCCGGAGCCGCCAGCACUAGCUCAGCUCCUCCACCUCAGUCCCCGCCGCCGCCGCCGCCGACUAUCCAGUGACACUUUCUAAUUUGCUUGAUUGCCAAGUGUCAUCCUCUCCUAUUUUUUCCUUUUCGUUUAUUUUUAAUUCUUAUUAUCUCUUUUGCCUUUUUCUCUCCUCUCUAAGUAAUCUUCAUCUCUCCUGUUAAAUACAUGUCUUCUUCCUUUUUCUUCUCAA